AUGAGGGACAACCUUGCUGCAGCUCGUCGUUCAUCAUGCUCUGGGGCCACCUUGACCCACCGGGCAGCCCCGGGCGUUGGGGACGCGGCAGCUUGCAGUCCGUACGCUGCCGGCUCGGCUGCGCUGGCCCGCCCGGGGAGAACUACAGCGCCCGUCGGCCCCUGCGCUCCGCCCCCACCUUUCCCGCCUCUUGCCGUUAUCGCUGCCUCCUGUCAGCGAGGCGCCGGACCCGGCUCGCCCGAGAGGGUCUGCCGCCGCAGGGAGCGGGGCGCUGCGGGGCGGCUCCAGCUCCGGUCCCGUCCUGUGCGGGGGAGCGGUGUUCCCUCAGCCGCACCGCCCUGUCCCGUUCGGUCCCGUCGCCGCGGCGGCGGCGCGGCUCAUGAGGUGAAGAUGGUGAUCCGCGUCUUCGUCGCCUCCUCCUCGGGCUCGGUGGCGAUAAAGAAGAGACAGCAAGAUGUGGUGAGGUUUCUGGAAGCCAACCGCAUAGAGUUUGAAGAAGUGGAUAUCACGAUGUCAGAGGAGAAAAGACAAUGGAUGUAUAAAAAUAUUCCUGAGGAUAGGCAGCCCGCGCAAGGCAACCCACUGCCACCACAGAUAUUCAGUGAUGAUCGGUACUGUGGGGAUUACGAUGGCUUCUUUGAAUCAAAGGAGAGCAACACUGUCUUCUCCUUUCUGGGACUGAAACCUACUUUGACAUCAAAGGAGUCAGAACCCUAGAAAGCCUAUCUGAAGUAUCGACAAGCACAUCUUCCGGAUGAAUGACCCUGUUCUUCAGCACACAACAGCUUCCCUAAUGGAUCACUGUGAUAGAGUGAACACGCAUCUUUAGUAGUAGUCUGCUUGCCAUGAGACGGUGCUCUCCAGUAAUGUGGAGUUAAUAACUUGUAUAUGAAACACAAUUAAGGCUGGGCUACUCAUCUUCCUUUUUAAAAAUAUUGUUAAUGUUUCACUUCUGUCUUUGGAUUGCUUUUGCAACUGGCACUGAUAUUCUAAUAGACACAUAUGUUUGAGAGAAAGGAGUGGAAGUGUAGGGCUUCUGUAGUUCUCGGAUAUACUUGUGUAGUCAGAUUUCUCACCUUUUUUAAUUCUUCCAGCUACUGUAGUUGAAAUUAUUCAUCAUGAUAGUUAAAGUGCUGGUGGUUAUUAGAAUGUUUGUGCUGGUUAUGAUUCAGAAGGUGAAAAAUGUCAAUCUUAAGAUCUCAGUCUAAGCCCAUAACUGUCGUAUUUUUACAUGUCUACAUUUAUUUAUUGUGAUGUUUAUGCUAGAUCAUGUUUAUUGUAAGAGACAUGGGCUGUUAACCUUGUUCAUGAAAACUUAAUUUGUCUAAUGAUGAGCAUUGCAACUGACUGUUUGAAAACAGUUGUUAUCAUGGAGGAGGUGCCAAAGUGAAAUAUUUUGACAUGGUUCCUGUUCCAAAUGCAGCUGAAAAGUGCAUGAAAACACUUGGUGGAAAUUACUGGGUAGUUCAGAAGAAGCAGUCUCAUAGCUAGUGAUAAUAUUAAGUUAUCUCUUAAUUGUGAAAGACUUAAAAUCCAAAGUUGGAGCUCCAUAGUUGGACUGUCUUAAAAUGAAAUUUUGCCAAAACCUUGAGUUUACCUUCAAUAACACACAGCUCCACCAUCAGCCACAUGAGAGUCAGGUAGAUACUUUGAGAGCUAGGGCUCAAUCCCAUGGAUGGUUAAACACUCUCCUGUAGUCCGAGAGCCCACCUAACAUGCCCAGCUGUUGUCCUGGUUAUAUCCCCAGCUGUGGAAAUAUGGAGAUGCCUCAAAGACAGUGAGAAAGCUGAGCGUGUGCUUUGCCGGCUGACGGCACAAUGGUCAGCUCAGCUGAGGAACAGGAGCCAACUAAAGGAAGCAGAGAUUGUUCCAGUGGGACUGCAUUGAUGCAUAUAGCAGAACUCAGGCCCAUGACUUGCCAAUAACCACUACAAAAUGCAUUCUAGACAGAAAUCAAAUUGCAUUAUGCAUUUUGAAUCAAGUCUGGCUAUGAAAAUAACAGCUAUGCUGUAAUGUAGCUUUUACUCAAGUGAUUUCCUAAUGACAGGGUAGUGCCAUUCCCAUAAACGUCGUUAUGUCUUUGGGUAAAUGAAAGACAACCAUUAAAUGGGAAAACUUCUUUGCAAUCACAGCGUCACUCAGACUGUGUGGCUUGAAGGAAGCCAAACGUGUAAAAAGUGUCUGGAAGCAACACUGUCUGUGCAACAAACCGCACGUUCUGUUAAAAUCAGUAACCGUGGCAUCUGAGACAUUUUAGUUGGAAGGAACAACUGGAGGUCAUCUGGUCCAGCACUGUCAAAAUCAGGGCUAACACCAGCAAUAGCUUUGAUCAGAUAUGGGUUUGUCCAGCUGAGUGUUAAAAAUAUCCAAAGAUGAAGAUCUCAUAACCCUCCAGGCAACCUGUGCCAGCACUGUAGUGCUCUCCUAGUGAAAGCUGUCUUUAAUGUCUAGCCUCAACUUGCAGGCUGUAAUUUGUGGCCGUUGCCUUUGCUAAGUUUUCUGGCACUCACAGGAAGAAAUCGGCACCCUCCUUUUUGUAACUGCCCUCAAGAUAGUUGUCGGCUACUGUUAGAUCACCUCUUAGCUGCCUUCUUACCAGAAUAAUCUAACCUGGCUUCCUCAACCUCUCUUCACAGGCUGUGUGCUUUAGGCCCGUGGCUGCUUUGGUGGAGGGCUACUCUUUCCAGUUUGUUCACAUCCCUCUUGAACUGGGAGAAGGUCUCAAAAUGAUAUUUCAGAUGUCGCCUCACCAGUGCUGAGUAGAGUGGGAUAAUAACUUUCCUCAGCCUACAUGCUUUCCCCUUUUUGCAGUGGGUACGUUGCUGGCUCAUGAUCAGCAGGGCAUUCACUAGGAUCCCCAGGGCCCUUCAGUGGGGGCGUUACUGUGUCUGUUGUCUCCCAGUCCAUGCUGAUGCCUUGCCACUCCCUAGGGCAGAACUUUCGACUUGUCCUUAUCAAGCUUCAUGAGGUUUCUGUUGGUCCAGUCCUCAAGGUUUUUGAGAUGCCACUGGACUGAAGCUCUGCCAGCUGUUACCAACCACUGAACCAGGUUCAGGUGUCAUUCACAGAUUUGCUGAGGUUGCACGCUAGGUCAUCAUCCAAGUCCCUGCUGAACAACAGGAGAACUGUGGCCUCUCAAGUUUUGGACAAAGACUUAGGACUACAGAGGUGUGACAUGAACAAUGCUCAUGACUACCGGUUGCUGGAGUAAAGAACAGGUUGCCUUCCUGUUCGUGUUGUCUCAGCUACAAACUGCUUAGAAGCUGUGUGGCUUUUCCUUCUAGCCCAAAGGCAAGAAAGCUGUAAAAAAGAUUAUCUUAAAGGAGUCCAUCCAUAAAUCAGUUUCUCUUUGGAUCCUCUGGUGCCUCCUCAGCUCAGUUAAAGGGCUGGUUGGAGCAAGAGCUCACAGAUUUGAAGUCUAUGGUUGUAUUUACUGGUCAAAAUCUUAACUACAUCACCUCUAGAGGAAUUCUGAGUGGGAGCUGAUAACAUGUAUAUACAUAUAUGUAUGUGCAUUUUUAAGAAUUAUGUUUUCUAUGGUAAGUUAUUGUGACAUUUUUGUCACCAAUCCCAUAUUUUCAUUAGACUUGAACUUCACUAUAGGAAGGGAAUGUGACAUGACAUGACAUGACAUGACAUGACAUGACAUGACAUGGAGCUGUACAUUGUUAACUUCACCAAAUUCAAUAUAACUAUUCCUAAAAAAAAGUUAAAAAAUAUUUAACUUUGGAAACGAAUACAUGUAUAAAUUUACAUAAUUACACAGUUGAUUACAGAGAAGCCAUCCUGGAUUUAUCAUGUACUUGAUAUGUUGUAAACCUCAAGAACUGCCUCAAGUCCCAGUUUUGAAAAACUUACCUAAGUGUGUAAGUACAUCCACAUGAGUAAUCCUGGGCAAAAUCCCAGGCUUACUGAUGUGAAAAGCAAAACCACACUGAUUUCUCCAGAGAUGAAAUUAGUUUCACAAAACUCCUCUUGAAUUUUGGUAAUUGUAGCAUAGAAACCUCCUGUUCAGUGGAGGGCUAAUCCUGUUAGAGCUGUUAGGUAAACCUAGCUUAUUUCAGAGCAGGCAUAUGGGCAUGACCAGCUGCACGGAGAACAACACUAGCUCCAAAGACAUCCUGCUUGCUUGCAUGGAUUGGCAGUGUGAGUCCCUUAGAAUAUGUGCUUUUGAAUUAGAAAAGGCUAGGGGUUUUUUGUUUUUAUUUUUAAAAAUAUAUAUAUAUGUUCCUUGAACGUGAAUUUGCUCUGUUGUGUGACAGGCUUAUUUUUGUAAUUAAGAAAAGUAGAGUUCUAGUUUGUUACACAAGAUGAUCUGGAAUUUUUUAAACUGGUUUUGUAAUAAGGAAAUGUAACUAUCAGGUAACUGAAACGGUCUGUGGAAACUGGAGCCAUUUAUUGAAAGAAAUAGCAAAUUCUUAAUUCUAUUUAAAAUACUUGCUAGAGAAACAAAUUAUCCCAGUUUUUAGCCAACACUUGUAACUACCCCACUUUUUAAAAUGGGGAGCAGUGUGAAUUAAACUGCAAGUCCUUGUACCUAGAUAAAGCUGCUGUGUGGGCUGACAUGCGCACUCACAUUCACUGUAUCAGUGGCUUUGAUAGAGGGGUUUUGUUUGUGCCACACACUACUGGAUAGUGCCUUGCCAGAAAGAGGACUGUUUCUGUAGGGUCUUCUUAGAUGUGCUUAAACUUUGAACUGAGAAAGGGGUAGCUUCUAUAUUGCUAUUUUUUUAAUAAUGCAGUAAACACAUACUUUGUAAGGUUGAAACAGUUUUUGAUGAGUCUUCUGAACUCUUGAUUUUUCAUAGUGUUGCUUUUGCUUUUUUUUUUUCUUUUCAUUUUUCUUGGCUGUCUAGAAUCAAAUGUUACAAGGGAAGUGGACCUGGAGUAAACCCCUAAAUCCAUGUUUACACUUAAAAAUAACUGUGUGGUUCAAGUGUUGAGCAGCGCAAGUGCUAUCACUUAAAUGAACAGGAGCUGCCAAGCUCUCAGUGGAUUAGUUAGUUUUCCCUUCCAGCCCUGUCCUCCUGUCAGGCUGUUUAUUUAGGGAGCCCAGUUCUGGGAAUAUCAUGAUUCAGAAGUAGGACCCUGAGAUUUUAGGCAGUGGCACUUCACAGGAGUGCGAAAGUGGGGUCAUCACCAGAGAAGUGCCAAAUCCCAAUAGUCUUCCGUGACUUGUCCACUGAUUUCACUAGAUCUUGGUGGGAGCAGGAGGGAGUCCUGUGUGUUCACCCUGCACGGGGAGGGGAAGCAGUAGACACGGUGCUGAACAGCCCAUGGCUUGUUGACAGCACCCUGAGCAGUGAUGGUCACAGGGGCCUUGGCUGGCCAUGCCGUGGGGGACGCCACACGCUCCUCGGGGCUCCCACCUGCAUCAUGGCCUGUCCUUCACCCUCUUGCUCCCAAAGGAAUUUGGGAGGGGACAUGGAGAACAGCUUCUGGAGAGCAGUCCUGCAGCCAGGGCAGGUCCAGCUUACUCCCUUGUUCCUGUUCUUUACCUCCUCCUUAUGUGCUUCAUCCUGUCCCGCCUAGACCUACCUGCGUGCAAAGCUUCCACUCCCGACCAUUUGUAGCACCCCUGUGAGGUGGCAAAUGCGGAACUGGUGUUCACCUGCAUGGUGCCAGUGUUCUGUCACUCAGAGGGGGAGGGAGCACGUUGCAUCUUAGGCUGCGUACACGUGGAGUUUUAAAUUAUGUAUUAAAACCAUGUUCAUCUAAUAAAAAAAUGUGAUGCAUAAAA